CCGAAGAAUCUAGAAGCGGCUCUCGGCUCGGGGAGAGAAUCCAUGGCGCUCACGAGCAGCGCGGAGAAGAAGACGGCGGCGGAGAUCGUCGCGGCGCUGGACCUGCAGCGCCACCCCGACGGCGGGUUCUACCUGGAGACCUUCCGCGAUCCCUCCGUCUCCCUCCCCAAGUCGGCUCUCCCCCCACGCUAUAAAGUGGACCGUGCUAUAAGCAGUGCCAUCUAUUUCCUGCUGCCUGCUGGAGAGAUUGCUAAGUUGCACCGCAUCCCUUGUGCUGAGACAUGGCACUACUACAUGGGGGAACCUCUCACGGUAUUUGAGGUGCAUGACGAUGGACAGAUCAAAAUGACAGUUGUUGGACCUGAUCUACGCCAUGGCCAAAGGCCACAAUACACGGUCCCUCCAAACGUUUGGUUUGGCGCCUUCUUGACCCACGACAUCGAGUCGUUCACCGAAGAUGGAAGCGUUUUUGUCAAGACGCCCGGAAGAGACUCUGAGCUGCACUACUCUUUUGUCGGUGUAACAUGUGCCCCGGCAUUCCAGUUUGAAGACAACGAAAUGGCAACACGGGAGAGCAUGAAAGCUCUGGCUCCUAAGGCCGAAGCUUUCAUCAACUACCUUGUGCCUUCAUAGACUGAAUCUAUGACUCUUAGGUACCUUGCUCUUCAUGAUGAACUUUCUGUGCCAAGCUAGGGACGUCUACUGCUUGGUCUGAGAUCAAAGUUAGAACUUGCAAUGCAGAAAUCCUGGGAGAUAAACCUGUAGCACUGUAUCGUCUAGUAUUGGCUCCCAGAUAUGUCCUCUUCUUCAGAAAUCCCACUCUAAUACGUUGCUCUAAGUACCUGUUCUUAGCCUCAUCUGUCUACUCUCUUUGUCCAAUUUCUCCAACUCCGGUUGUUUCUUUGACUAAAUCUCGAUGCCUGUAUGUGCUUGGAUCGUAGCAUUGAUGCUGUAGUGAGUCAUGGAGGUGAACAGUAAACCACCUUUGAUGGGAUUGAGAUCCUC